AUGCCGAGCUCAUCUGCAUCUACACCAAGCUCGACGCAGCUCGAGCAUCCGCUUCCGCGACCCACCGUGGUCGGUAGUUCCCGAUCAUCAAGCAGAGCAUCGUCGAGGACCCGAAGCGUGUACUCGUCCGCGCCUCAUAGCCGCUCAAACUCACCGGCGCUGCCACAAGAUGGUGUAGGGCGCAGCCGCAGCAGGACCUCUUCUCGCCGAUCAUCUCUUGCACCCGGCCCGUCGAGGACGCGCAGCUCGACUUCUCCGCAACGCGUUCCCACCUGGGCAGUCGAUCCCGACAUUGUUGUCGAGAUCAGCAGCGACAGCUCUGACGACGAUGAUGUCGUCCCGGUAGGGCCAGCGUUUGCUCCCCGUCCGCGAUCCACGUCGCCGGCGAACGACUUUGUGGAGGUGUCAAGCAUCAGACGUGCCCGAGCCGCAGCGCCGACAAGGCGCAGCGAUCUAUUCUCUCCUCCCGCAAUGAACGGCCCGCCUGCUGAACCUGUUCUCAUUAGCCACGUCCGAUCCAGCAGGCACGUCGGCCUCAGCGUCAAUCCCAGUACCGGCGAUUUCCUCACCCGACCCAUGCCGAUUGUUCGAUCCGAUCGAUCGACUUCGCAGUCGGACGCCGAUGCCAGCUUCUCCGUCCUUUCGGCGCACGCGGCGCCUCAGCCCGCUCCUGCUGCGCCUCCCGCCAGAAGCGAGCAUCCGAUCACCGAUAUGCGACUGCGUUCAUCCAACUUGGCCAUGCCGACAAAGUCGCCACCGCGCUCCAAGCCACCGCCAAUUGAGCAUCCGCUGCUUUCAAAGUACACUUGCCCGAUCUGCUUUGAUGCGCCGACGAAUUUGUCGGUCACGCCAUGCGGCCACUUCUUUUGCGGAGAGUGCUUGUUUCAGGCCCUCAAGACACAAGCGGUGCAGCGAGGAGCUAUGGAGGAAGAGCAGUCUUUCCUGCGAUUCGGCGGACUGUUCGUACCGGAUGCGUUCCCCAUCGACCGCGAGGCCUAUACCCAGGUGACAAUGCCCUCUGGACGAAACGAAGGCGCAGUAGGCACUGCGAACGCUGGACAUGGACGCGGCGGAGGCGGAGGGGGACGCGGCGGCGGCGCUUCUGGAGGCAGAGGACGAUCCAAGCCGGAUCCGCUUGCGGGCCAGUGCCCCGUGUGUCGCGCUAAGAUCAAAGGAGGCUUCAACGGCCGGGAGAAGAGCGGAAUCCUGGGGCUUCGGCUCAUGAUCGGAAAGCCCAUCGACGAUCCGAGGGAAGAGAGCGGCAAAAUGAAGGGCGACUCUGCGCCAGGGAAGGAUGCAUCGGCGGACUCAAGCGAGACCGAGGACGAAGCAGCGUGGCUUUCGUCACGCGAGGUCACACAUGCCUCCGACAAUAUCAAAUCUGCAGAGCAGCAGCGGCUUCCACGCGGCGCAGGCUCAGGUCCGGCACUUGGCCGUGGCAAGCGUCGUCCGCAAAGAUCGUCGACGAAUGCAUCGGCAUCUUCCGAUCGAUCCACAGCGACAGCUGAAGGCAGUCGCGGCCGGUCGAGUAAGAGGCAACGGCACGCCUCGAGCAGCUCAGCAACAGCAACCGAAUAG